AAUUGUUUCAGAUCACCUUGUAUAGGGUCAUCCGGAACAAUUUCCUGUCCUUCGUAAAACAUAUUCUUGAUCAUAGUCAUGAUUUUGCUUCGCCGGAGGCCUGCUUAUAUUAGAUUCCAACUGAAAUUUACUUGCGAGUUAGUCUUACCAUCAUGCGCCACCUAGCGGCGUCGUUGCAUAUUUCUCUGAAAUGCUUCGUAAUAUUUCAGUGAAAAGUGUCAUAAAUGAUUUCAAUGAAACGUUUCAGAAAUACUUCUGAAUGAUUUCAAUGUUACAUUUCAAUAUUAAUUUCCAAGUUAUCUUUUGGGAAGCUUUCAAUGAUAUAUUAUUUUGAUAAAACGUUUCAGAAAUAUUUCUGAAUGAUUUCAAUUAUACAUUUAAAUAUUAAUUUCCAAGUUAUCUUUCGGAAAGCUUUCUGAAACAAGUUUUGCUGUGUGGGAAAGCAAUGGUGUACAACCAAAACGGCCUAUGUCAGAAACUGCAGCGUGCCUUUGAUUGUGAGAGUUAUGCACGAUUUCUCCUCCCUACGUAUAGAUUCUCCCUCCUGUCGGAGAUUUGGAGGUCUUCCUUGAAAAGAAGAGAAUGGUUGGGCCCAUCGCGGAGAUGAAAUUUUGAUCCGGGAGGUUACUUCUCAAUAUAAUUUGGAAUCGCCAGAAGUUGUCUUUACUGAUGGAUCACAAGACGAAAACAAGAGAUCUACUGGUGCCUCCCUGAUUAUCUGUGAUCAGGAGAUCGCAUAUAAAAUUAGUCUCCCGUUUAUGUGUUCGUCGUACACUGCGGAGGCCUUCGCGGUGAUGGUCGCGUUGCGGCUGUUGCUUUGUCAGAUCGAGAAGAGGGCAAAGGAUAUGGUUAUUCUAUCGGAUUGUAAGUCGGUGCUGAUGAGUAUUCGGAGCAAUAUACUGGAUGUUUAUAGGAAUCAAUAUAUUAUAGAAGCUAGAAGAAUAUUGUUCGAGCUGUGUUAUAAACACGAGAGGAGAGUCGUUCUUGUAUGGAUUCCCUCUCAUAAGGGUAUACUGGGUAAUGAGCUGGCGGAUGCAUUGGCCAAGGAGGCUUCUACCGAGGAAGCGGACCCUACUAUCGUCGUUCCGCUGAGCGAUAUGAUGAGUAGUAUAAUAAGGAAAGAUACGUGGGAGACAACACAGAGUUCGAUUAUGGCUGAGGCGGCGUACAAGGGUGCUUUUUACUUCUCGAAUUUCUAUGAACGACGGGCCACUAAACCAUGGUUUUCGAAGUUGGAUAAGGAAAGAUAUUUUAUAACUUGGAUUAAUAGAGUGAGAGCAAACCACUUCAACUUAGGUUCUUCUCUGAAGAGAAAGGGAUACGUCGAUAGUGAGAGAUGUGACUGUGGUCAUGAGAGGGAAGAUUUGAACCACGUGAUUCUGCAGUGUCGCCACUAUGACGAGCUGAGAAUUAAAAUGGAUAGGGAUCUGAGAGCGAUUGGUUUUCUUGAAGAGAUAGACAUUAUUAAACUAAUUAAACGUAAAAAUUGGAAAGUUUUGAAUAUAAUAUUUCAAUUCAUUAAGUCGACUAAGAGAAUUAUAUAAAUAGUAUGAAUAAAUAUUCCAGAUAGGUUGAGUGCAAAGUUUUAUUGUUGGGUUAAGUGUAGAGUGUUACAGAUAGGUUAAGAGGCCAUGUGUCAAUCACUGAAUGGUGUAAGACACUGAAAAGCUCUCAUCCGAGAGCGACUGAAAAACCCCCCUUUUCUCGAACAGAUUUCUGCCGUUCCGCUUUAUUUUCCACAUCGCUUCCAUUUACUCCACUUCCUUUCGGCUUCCUUCACGCCUACCUUUCUUCCUCCACGUUCCCUCUCCUCUUUUCCGACGCCCUUUUCCUUCCUUUCUACUCUUCAUCUGUUCCCCCGCCGAGGGCUACGGGGGACUCCAUAUAAAGUAUCAUUAAAGAAAGACA